GGGGGGGGGGCGCUGUCGAUGGGAUCUACCGCGGACUUCAAGAACGGGAUGACCAUCGACAUUGACGGCAACCCUUGCAAGAUUCUGGAGUUCUUGCACGUGAAGCCGGGCAAGGGGUCGGCGUUUGUGCGAACAAAGGUCAAGAACCUCAUCACGGGCAACUCUUUGGAGAAAACGUUUCGGGCGGGAGAACCGGUCGAACAAGCGCAGGUGGACAAGCUCGACCUGCAGUACACCUACAAGGAGGGGGACAUGUACUACUUCAUGGACUCGGCAACCUACGAAGAGGUGUCCAUCGCGGAGAAGGUUGUGGGGGACAAGGCGGGCUUCUUCCUGGAGGGGAUGGAGCUUUCGGCUACGUACUUCAAGGGGAAGGUGAUCGAGGUGACCCUGCCGAAGCAGAUGAUCCUUGAGGUGGUGGAAACGGACCCCGGGGAGAAGGGGAACACCGCGCAGGGAGCAACAAAGCCGGCCAAGGUGGCCUCUGGGGCAAUGAUCAACGUGCCCCUGUUCAUCACCACCGGCGAGAAGAUUAGGGUUGACACCGAUUCCAAAAAGUACAUGGAGCGCGCAAAAGAGUGAUAUCGCUAUUGUGAUAUCGCUGUGUGCUGCUCGGGAAAUCGUGGAUUCAUUGCUGAUCUACCUUGGACUCUUUCCUUAGAUGGGUCAUAUUAGGACAAAAAAAAAAUUAGAGUGAUUGAUUCCUUCAACUAGGGCGGUCUACGAUAGAAAUACACCACUUCUAUGCUGAUGCGGUUGCUUGCGCAGCAUUCGUUUGGAGCUUUUUUGGCUAUUAGAAGGUCGCACGUGUAGUUCGAAACGAUGCGUCAUUGGGGGUUGGGGGCGCGCUCCGGGGGCUGGUACGUGAGGCAACUGUGCGUUUUUUGUCGCCUUAAUUGGGGCGGUUUGGCUAGUCAUUCAAUAGUUCGAUGCGGUUCUUCCCCGUUUGUUGGGAGGGACCGGACAUGCCGGCGUAUGAUGUGCGUUGUGCGGGUAUGACACUCGUCACUCUCUGUGAAGAUAGGUGCGGUCCUACACUUGCGAGUCGUUCCCGAUCAGAGCACACUCGACAUCACUGUCGUUGUGCACCUGAACUUUGCGGAAAUCACUCGGAGUUUGUGUAUCGCUGGUUCAACGUGCCGCACCACAGAGCAGGCGGCGUUCCUUUGAAAGAAAAAAGAAGAAAAGUAACUGAAAUUUGCC